UUGGCUCUGAGCUCAGCAGGAGCAGCAGUGGGAAACUGCACAUUGUUUUGGAUGGGAGUUGCGCUGUCAUUGCUCUCCGAGUGCAUCUCCGACAGAAACAAAGGCGAAACGGCAACAGCAGCACGGCUUAUUGUUUGAGAAGGCAUGCUGAAGUCAUGCUGUUAUUUUUGCGACUGUGAUGGCACAGUUUACGAACACAACUGCACAUCUGUAUCUCAAAUGUCGCUAUUUCUGGAAUGACAUAAAGGACACGGUUUUGGACGACAAGGCUGUUUUUGGAAUAACGUACUGAGGUGGAUGCUUUACCUCGAGAACUCAGAGCAGAACGGAGAAAGUUAGGUUACGUAUUGGAUAUAAUUAAUUCAGGCAUUGUGACAAUGACAAGAAAGUACACAUUGUAACAAAACUACGGGGAGUUGGAGGAUUCAGAGUUUAAAAGCUAAAGUCUGAUGAAGACUGUAACCUCAUUUCUACGUUUAGAUCAGAGGAGAAUAGGAGGAUGGAUUUUGACAGAAGAAGAAUGUCUCCACGCUUCUUCACGAUGUGUUUCUCAUGUAGGGCACAGGAGCUCAGGACGUACUUGUUCACGUCUAUGGUGUUUUAUCUGUUAGUGUGCACUGAAGGGUCCUAUUCUAAAACCUGUGAGAAAAACUGCAUCUUUGGAAGAUGUAUUAAUGGAACUUGCGUCUGUGAGAAGGGAUGGGCUGGGGAUCAAUGUCAACACUGCCAAGGGAGAUUCAAGCUGACAGAGUCAUCAGGAUCACUUACUGAUGGACCAGUGAACUACAAGUACAAGACUAAAUGCACUUGGCUGAUUGAAGGAUACCCAAAUGCUGUGCUCAGGUUGAGGUUUAACCAUUUUGCCACCGAGUGCAGUUGGGAUCACAUGUAUGUAUUUGAUGGAGACUCGAUUUACGCACCUUUGGUAGCUGUGUUUAGCGGCCUGGUUGUCCCAGAAACAAAAGGAAAUGAAACCAUUCCUGAGGUGGUGACCACAUCUGGAUAUGCAUUGUUGCACUUUUUCAGUGAUGCUGCCUAUAAUCUUACGGGAUUCAACAUCUUUUAUUCGAUCAACUCCUGUCCUAAUAACUGUUCAGGUCAUGGAAGGUGUACAACGGGCAACUCCAUCUCCAGCAGUGUUUACUGCGAGUGUGAGCGAUACUGGAAAGGUGAGGCCUGUGAUAUUCCCUAUUGUUGGGAUGACUGUGGCAGUCCUGACCGCGGAUACUGCGACCUCACUGGAGAAAAGCUCUGUGUCUGCAAUGAUAGCUGGCAAGGUCCGGAUUGCUCUUUAAAAGUUCCUUCGACUGAGCCGUACUGGUUUCUGCCUAACGUGAAGCCUGAUGGACAGUCACUAGGCCGGGCUUCCCACAAAGCGGUGGUUCAUGGGAAGCUGAUGUGGGUGAUUGGAGGGUUCACCUUUAACUACAGCUCCUUUCAGAUGGUUAUAAACUAUAAUCUGGAGAGCAGCACAUGGGAUGUAGUGCCAAUCAACGGUGGCCCUCUGCAGCGCUACGGACACUCUCUGGCUCUUCACAAGGAUGAUAUCUACAUGUUUGGUGGGAAGCUGGAGGCAGGCUCGGGAAACAUAACAGAUGAACUGUGGCUGUUUGAUACACGUAGCCGGUCUUGGUCCGUAAGGACGUCAAACCCUGGGCUGCAGUUCCAACCCUUUGCCGUGGAGGGACAUACUGCUCACAUAGUGGACAACAGGAAUGGAGAACCCAUAAUGGUGGUGCUUUUUGGCUAUUCACCCAUUUACAGCUACCUCAGCCAUGUCCAGGAGUACAACAUUCGCACUAACUCCUGGUCAGUGGCAGAGACGAAUGGGGCGCUGGUGCAAGGAGGAUAUGGCCACAGCAGCGUUUAUGACAGUUCCUCACAUUCCAUAUAUGUCCACGGAGGAUACAAAGCCCUCCCUGCCAACAAAUACGGCCUAGUGGAUCAUUUGUACCGCUAUCAGGUCCACACAAACACCUGGUUUAUUCUGAAGGAAAGCGGUCUGGCAAGAUACCUCCAUUCUGCUGUGCUGAUCAGUGGAGUUCUGCUGGUGUUCGGGGGAAACACUCAUAAUGACACCUCGCUCAGUAACGGGGCCAAAUGCUUCUCCUCCGACUUCCUGUCCUACAACAUCGCAUGUGAUGAGUGGACAGUUCUUCCAAAUCCCAAGCUUCAUCGUGAUGUCAAUCGUUUUGGGCACACAGCAGUUGUCAGCAAUGGCUCAAUGUACGUUUUUGGUGGUUUCUCUGGUGUUAUCCUGAACGAUGUGUUGGUGUAUAAACCUGCCAGCUGUGAGGCCUUCUUUAAGGUGGAUCUUUGUCAGAGCUCUGGUCCUGGUGUUCGCUGUGUCUGGACUGAAGAACGCUGUGUACCCUGGGACUUCAGCUAUGCUAAUAACAGUGUGCCUGCCUCCUUCUGCCCUGCACGCACCAAUGCAGCUGAUAAGCAAUGUCAGCAGUUUUCAGACUGUGCUUCCUGUACGGCCAACACCAAUGACUGCCAGUGGUGUGAAGACAAGAAAUGCAUCUCUUCUUCAAGCAACUGCACUGUGCUUACAAUUGAGCUUGCCCGCCACCCUCGAGGUCCCCUGUUCCUCAACCCUCCCCCUGCAAUGCUUUCCGAGCACCAGCUCUCUGUUUGGAGACCCGGCAUGCGCAAAAACGGCCAGUCUGUGAAGAACUUUACCAAAUGCAGUGUUCGAAGUGAGCAGGUUUGCAGCAAAUUGGUGAACUGCAGGAGUUGCUCACUUAACAUCAACUGUCAGUGGGAACCACAACAGCAGGAAUGUCACGCUUUGCCUGCACACUUGUGUGGAGAGGGUUGGAGUCAGGUUGGGGAUGCAUGUCUGAGGCUGAACUCAAGUAAGGAGAGUUAUGACAAUGCCCAGCAUUACUGUAAAAACCUGGACGGCAACAUCGCCUCUCUAACCUCCGCUAGGCAGGUGGACUUCAUACUGGAUGAGCUGCAGAAAUAUCAGCUCCAGGAGAGGAAACUAACUCCCUGGGUGGGUCUAAGGAAGAUAAAUGUUUCAUACUGGGGGUGGGAGGACAUGUCUCCCUUUACUGCCAGCACGCUGCAGUGGCUACCAGGGGAGCCAAGUGACUCAGGGUUUUGUGCGUACCUGGAAAGAGCUGAGGUAGCCGGACUCAAAGCCAAACCCUGCACUGCCAACACCGAAGGGCUGAUCUGUGAGAAGCCAGUUGUGAGCCCAAACCUUAGCGUGCGUCCAUGUAAGAUUCCCUGCGCCCUGCGAACCAGCUGCGCCAAUUGCACCAGCCAGGCCAUGGAGUGCAUGUGGUGCGGCAGCACCAAGCGCUGUGUGGAUUCCAACGCAUACGUCAUCUCCUUCCCCUAUGGCCAGUGCCUGGAGUGGCAAACUGGAGACUGUGGUGCUCAGAACUGUUCAGGCCAUCGUACGUGUGGUCAGUGCCUGGAACAUCCUGACUGUGGUUGGUGCGGAGACCCUACAGACACAGGUCAGGGCCAGUGUAUUGAGGGAUCAUACCGUGGACCGAUGAGGAACUUGAGCAGACAGAGCCGAGAGAGGGUGUUGGACACCAGUGUCUGUUCAAGGGAAAAGGGCUAUGAUUGGGCCUACAUAACCUGCCCAGCAUGUCAGUGUAACGGCCACAGUACGUGUGUUAAUGCCAGUGUAUGUGAGCAAUGCAAGAAUCUCACAACUGGGCUGCAGUGCCAAAUCUGUCUACCUGGUUACUAUGGAGACCCAACAAAUGGAGGGAAAUGCCAAGCCUGCAGAUGUAACAACCAUGCCAACGUUUGCCACUCCAGUUCAGGAAAAUGCUACUGUACCACUAAAGGGGUCAAAGGGGACCAAUGCCAGCUAUGUGAUUCUGAAAAUCGCUACCUUGGCAAUCCACUUAGAGGAACUUGUUACUAUAAUCUUCUAAUAGACUACCAGUUCACCUUUAGUCUGCUUCAAGAGGACGAUCAGCACUACACGGCCAUCAACUUCAUGGCGACUCCGGAAGAGACCAAUAAGAAUCUCGAUAUGUCAAUUAAUGCAUCUAACAAUUUCAACCUCAACAUAACAUGGUCUAUUGGCUCAACAGCGGGUACGAUCUCCGGGGAGGAAUUCCCUAUAGUGUCCAAGACUAACAUCAAAGAAUACAGAGACAGCUUCUCCUGUGAGACAUUCUCCUUCCUGGCAAAUCCAAACAUCACUUUCCAUGUUUAUGUCAGCAACUUUUCAUGGCCAAUCAAAAUACAGAUAUCCUUCUCUCAACACAGCAGCAUCAUGGACCUGGUGCAGUUUUUUGUCACAUUUUUUAGCUGUUUCCUGUCCCUGCUGCUGGUUGCUGCUGUGGUUUGGAAAGUCAAACAGACGUGCUGGGCAUCGCGUAGGAGAGAGCAACUAAUGCGAGAGCGCCAGCAGAUGGCCAGCCGUCCGUUUGCGUCUGUUACCGUGGCACUUGAUGCUCCAGAGGAAGAGGAGGAGCUUCUACAGGGCCAGACAGAGGCUAGUCCCAUAGCUGUGGAGCCAUGUUCUGGGAAUUGUGCUGCUGUGCAAACAUUGCUGAUGAGUCUUCCACGAGCAGCUUCUGGAGUGCCUCCCCCCGGGCAGUGUGGCAUUACCAUAGCCAGUGCUCUUAUUGAUAUGUCUCAGCAGAGGGCCGGCGACUUCAAAGACAAGGGCUUGAGUCUAAAGAGCCGUAAACAGCAGCACACGGUGCACCAGGGAACCUGUGUUUGAACCAGCCGACUGACCUCACUGGACACACUGAUUCUCAUCUUUUUUUCUCUUUCUCUCUCUCUCUCUCGUUCUCUACCGCUAGAAGUAGAUGGUGUUGAUGAGAGAGGAGCUCUUGAAGUGUAAAUGACAAAGGAGGGUCGAGACAUUAGUAGUCCAUGUGUGGCUCCUCCUGAAUUGCACGCUCCAUAGUGGAGCUCGUAUUCCCUCAGUAUUGCUUGAACCUCUGUGGAGGACAUCUGCAUUUUGAUUGCGCCCACUGGGUUUCUGUUUUUCAACAGCUGUUUCUCAAAAAGGGAGGGAGUGUGUAGAUGAAUCUCACUCGGACCCAAAAUAGGAACAGGUUUCAGGCCAGAAUUAAUCAUCUGAUCACGUAUAUAGAGGCAUUCAGAAUAAACCUGGCUCCACUUUCAGGAUUUUGUCUUGUUAUUCAGUGAAAUGUCUGUUGAUGACUCUUUAAUAGACUAAUUAUCAUUAGCUGAGGACUGUAUUUGGUACAUAUGGUGUUUUGUAAAGAUCUGGGUCUGUGGCAAGUUUAAUUUCAGAGAUUAGAUUGGAUUUGUCUCGCUGAACUGACGUUUGUGUCUCCUAGCAGCCAUACACAAAUUCAAGCACUUGACCACAUGAAAUUAAAACUGGAGUUUUGUGGCUUUUAGUCCAUAUGUUUUAGAUUUGAGGUUGUCUAUAUGCUACACUGAUUGUGUGCUUUGAAACCAUUUUAACUCAGAAAUUUUACAAAGAAUAAUUCACAAGAAUAAUUACAAAGAGCAACAAGUAACAGAUUGAAUUAAACGUUUUUUUUUAAGUAGAAAGACUGUAAUAGUGUUUUCUUGUAAAAUAUACGCUAAUGAUCUUUAAUUUGAAAAACGUUUGUAUAUGCUGGCUAAAAUUCACUUUUUAGCAGACAUACCCCAGCAGGCACCAGACGUCAGUAUAACACCAGAUUGACGUUGGACCCCAAUGAGGGAUGGACGUUGCAUUUUGGUUGAGAAUGAAAAUCGUGUUGACGUCAGUAUUUGACGUCAAUUUAACGUUGACUUAAUGUUGGAUUUUGGUUACACAACCUAAAAACAACAAAAUGUCGGCUAACAACGGUAUUUGACAGUGAUUUAACAUUGACAUUAAAUUUAUAUUUAUAUUCAGUUUUGGUCACUCGACCUCACAACUGAAAUUUAACCAAAUAUUAACAUCUUAUGAUGUGGGUCAAAAUCACCAUAGAGUGUCUUUCAAACCUCACAAUACUCAAAAAUAUUGGUCUUAAUUUCCCACUCGCUUUAUGUCAUAUCAUAAAUAGUAGACACUCUAGAAGUACUAUAGAAACAUAUUAGCUGAGCUCCCACACAUUUUAAAUAAUUAUGGGCCAUUAUUCAAAGCAUAAACCAUAAGAUAUGUCCACCCUGUCAUGGACAUAUGUAUUACUGUUAAAUACUGUUUCAUUUCAAGAUUAAGAUGUAAAUGAUAUUUUCUGAAAGGUAUAAUGUCCCUUUCCUAAACAGGGUUGUUGUUUGCUUUCAAAUUAUAAAUAUGUAAAAGAUUUUAUGUAAACCAUGUGUUUUUAAAGAAACUCAUACAAUUCGCACAUGUAUUUUCUCAUUUGGAGAAAACUGAUAUAUUUGGAUGCAGUUUUUUUGUUUGCAUGUUAUUGCUCCCACACUUAACUACCGGACACGCUGUAUUAUAUAGAUAUGAUUGAAUUAUUAUUUAAAACAUUAUUUUAAAAUAUCAAGAUGACAGGGUGGACCAGCACAUGACGGGGUGGACACAUAAAGAAGAACACGCAAAGCAUGACAAAAUAUGACAGUGAAACAUUUAUUCAACUUUGAAAAAAAUUAUAUUUUUAUUUUAGUUUCUAGCAAUACAACUACAAGUGAAUGCAAUGUCCACCCUGUCAUGUGUAUGUCCACCCUAUCAAGUCUAAGUGGCUGAGUGGGUGGACAUUUUGAAACCGUGACAGGGUGGACAUUUUAAGCUUCAGUUAGCAUAUUAGUUUACAACAAACUGUGACUAGCUAAAAAGCUAGUCUGGUUGUUGGGGAGAAUUUGGUAUAUUUAAACUUACAUAUUUUGAAAAUACUGUAUUCUAAUCACUUCCAGCAUAUUUUAUGCUGACAGGGUGGACAUGUUAAGCUUAGGAAAAGCAAGCAAACUCAUACAAAGAAAAUCUGUCAUCUUAAAACACCUCAGCGGUUGAAAUUUAGCCACUGAAGAGACAAAAAUCUGUUGUCCUGAUGUCACUAAAGGGGAUGGCCUUUUCUUAAAGGGGCAGAUUCCCCAAUACGACAGGGUGGACAACCAUUCAAGGGACAUGGACAUAGCCUUGGUUUUUAUUAAAUAAAAAUAAAAUACUGUUUUUAUUACCAAAUGGUCAGUACACUCACAUUGAGUAAUCUCUUAUUUAAUAAAAAUAGGAGAACAAAAUGUUCACAUUUUAUGAUUUGACUAUAUUCUGCUCUCCUUCAGAUUUAAUAAGCAGUGCAUAGGACAGCAAAAUAACACGCAUCCUCCUACACAAAAAUCUAAAAAAUGUAUCUAAAGAGCCAAGGAAUGAAUAUAAAAACUUAAUAUAACACACCCUUUUAUAGUCUUUUUUAUGUUAAGUUUUCAUGACAAAUAAGUUAUUUAUG